AUGGAGGAAUCGAUGCCUAUGUCCCAGCCAAAGCCGUCUCUCGAGACGUCGAAUCAUGGGCGACCGGACGUCAACGACGGCUCCAAGGCUCUAGAAGUGCCAGUCGUUUCCUCAGACAUCGACGACAUUGAGAAAGAGCCUGCUGUGAACGAGAAAGGUCAAGUCGAUGACCAUGAGUUGAAGCAUAUCGAAGGACCCGACGGAACCUCCAAGGCGUACAAAGUGGUGAGGUUCAGGCCUGGAGACCCAGAAGAUCCAAAGAACUUUCCCAAAGCACGCAAGUGGUUGAUAACCUUGACGCUUAGCUGGGUAUGCUUUUCGGUGGCGUUUUCCUCCGCCGUCAUCACACCAGGCAUACUAGGAGUCGCAGCACACUUUGAUGUGUCUGAGGAGGUAGCUCUGUUGACCGUCACCUUGUUUGUGAUGGGAUUUGGAAUUGGCCCUCUGAUAUUUAGUCCCCUUUCCGAACUGUAUGGCAGAAGGAUAAUAUACUUGACCACGUUUGGCGUCGCCGUCGUCUUCAUCAUCCCAUGUGCGGUGGCCAAAAACAUCCAGACUUUGCUCGUGUGUCGUGCCAUUGGCGGCAUUGCUAUCAGUGUCCCGGUUGCAAAUAUUGGUGGUAGCCUUGCAGACUUGUGGCGUCCCGAAGAGAGAGGUGUCCCAAUGGCGGCUUUCAGCGCAGCACCUUUUCUAGGUCCAGUGUUUGGUCCCUUGAUCGGUGGCUUCACAUACGAGUCAUUGGGCUGGCGGUGGCUAUACUAUUUACAGUUGAUCGUGACAGGCGCUCUUUACGUUGCUAUGAUUCUCUUUGUGCCCGAGACAUAUGCACCGGUGAUCCUCUCCCGCAGAGCAAAGAAGCUGCGUAAAACCACGAGCGACGACUGCUACGUGGCGGAACACGAUCUCAUGCAUCACUCGUUUGGUCACAUUGCUCAAGUCUAUCUCACCCGACCUCUGAAGCUCUUAUUUACUGAACCAAUUGUCACCCUGAUGUCAUUGUACGCGGCAAUUCUCUACGGUCUGCUGUACAUGUUCUUCGUGGCAUACCCUAUCGUAUUCCAAGAAGGUAAAGGAUAUUCGGCAGGUAUCACUGGACUGAUGUUCCUCCCUUUGACGGUCGGCAUUUCCGUGGGCUUAGUAUUCACGCCGUUUGUCAACAGGCACUACCUGAGUCUUCGAGCAAAGUAUGAGGGUCUCCCUCCUCCGGAGUUGCGACUUAUCCCUAUGAUAUCUGCCAGUUGGACGAUUCCAAUGGGUGUUUUCAUCUUCGCGUGGACUUCCUAUCCGCACUUGAGCUGGGUUGGACCUUGUCUCUCUGGAUUUCCAAUCGGCGUGGGUUUUGUGUUCGUGUACAAUUCUUUCAACAACUAUAUCGUCGACUCUUAUCAACACACGGCGGCUUCUGCAUUGGCUGCAAAAACACUUAUCAGAUCACUUUGGGGAGGGUCAACCGUUCUCUUCACUACACAGAUGUACCACAAUCUCGGAUAUCAAUGGGGCUCCUCGCUGCUUGGGUUCAUUGCUUUGGUCUGCUGCUUGAUUCCUCUGGGAUUCUAUAGGUACGGAGCGGCGAUUCGCAAACAUUCUAAAUAUGCCUACUCCGGAGAGGAGUAGAUUCAGAUGCUUGCAGUUAGGCCUUUUCUCAAGAAGUAGUAGAGCGCAU